AGAAAGUUUCUAAAAAUAAUGACUUGCAUAAUAUUUGUUUGUUGUUAUCAUAUUGGCGGAAGUUUCCUGGCUCCUAAACUCCGCCUCUCCUUCGCGCAGGCUGACAGCGCAUCCGCGUGCGCAGCUCCUCCGGGUGGCACUUGUCUUCGUUAAGCAGCACCAUAGGAGCUGAGAAUAAGCAGGCUCUGGUAGAAGUUAAAUUGAGUUAAACUGGUAGUCUUUGCGGUCAAACAGGUGUAGCCACACGGUGAGCUGCUGAACGGGGACACAUGGAGGACACGGGCGGUGCUACUGCGUACGGGGCUUCGCUCGCAGGAGGAGGCUUCGACUUCUACAAGUUUAUCCGACAACCUCAAACUAUCGUGCGGAUACUCAGCUGGAUCUUUGCCCUGGUGGUGUUUGCCUGCAUCACAACAGAGGGAUACGUCAACCCUAUCCACAGUCCCGAAGCAAAGUGCAUCUUCAACCAGAAUGACUCGGCAUGUCACUACGCUAUCGGCAUCGGUGUUAUUGCCUUCCUGGCGUGUGUGGCCUUCCUGGUGUUGGAUGCUUACGUGCCUUUUAUGAGCAACGCACAGGAGAGGAAGUACGCUGUCAUGGCCGACUUGGGAUUUUCAGGGGCGUGGAGCUUCCUGUGGUUUGUGUGCUUCUGCCUGCUGGCCAGUCAGUGGGCUAAGACUCAUGACGUCAGUGGUCUCCCAGAGGACGCCGCCCGUGCCACUGUGGCCUUCUCCUUCUUCUCCAUCGCCACUUGGGGAAUCCUGACCUACUUUGCCCUGGUCCGUUUCCGCCGCGGCGUUAACGAUUCGACCCUUCCAACCUACACUGAGCCGCCACAGGAUCACCACACUGCCUACCCUCCCACCUACGCCCCUACCUCCUACAACCCCACCACCUACACCCCCACCACAUACUCAUCCUAUCCCAGCAGUGUGCCCGACAUGCAGCCGCAGCCUUCCUUCACCCCGAGCCCGCAGCCGCCAGCAGAUGGGGACUACCGGCCGCCCAGCUACUGAGGGGAAGGGCCGAGGCGGCGUUUCAUCCGUGGGUUCACUGACGGUAGCUGCACUGCGCAGGCCAAGCUAUAUCAUAUUGAUGUGGUUUUACAUUUGAUUUAACGAUCUUUCCAAGUGAUUUAAACGCCUGAGCAGUGCAGCUGCAAGGUGGAGAGGAGGGACGAUGCUGUUUACAUCAAAGCGUCUGAAGUCAGAUCUUAAGAAAUCAGGCUGGCCGCUGAGAUUAGCACUGAUGGUUGGGUCAUCUGACUUUAGAACCUGUGUGCAAAGAUGCAACUUAUUUUUUACCUCAAAUAGGCUGAUCUUGCAGGGGAGAGGUAGUUAAAAUAUACCUAGGAGGUUAAAGGUCGUGUGACGUUGUGAAGAAUACCUGUGACGGCUCCAGCAGUUGGAACCUGACGAUGUGCAUUUGUACAUAGAUCUCCCCGUGCAAAGCUGCCAUUUUAAUGGUUGUAUGUGCCUGGAUUUCUUUUCUUAUUUGGUUUAGUGGAUGCUUUCCCUUCUAUGCAUUCACCUGAGGACCUUUAUUAAUCUGUGAGAUGGGAUGUAAUAAAUUGAGUUUGUGGGAGUGCAGUGGCAAAAAGACCCACUAUAAAGCCAAAUGUCCACUUUCUGAUUUAGUUUUCUGUUGAAUGUGGAUUCUGUGAAGAUCGGCAGUUAUGUUUCCUAGCCAUAAAAUACACCUGAAAGAAAGUUAUGCAAUCUAUGUGCUUCAUCUCAACCAGCUGUGUGUGUAAGGCCACUCUUAGGCAGAAGUGUUUUAGACAGGGACAUGAGGAUUCAUAAAUACCCCUCCAUUUCUUAAACAAAUCACUGUUGGUGUGUGGCAAUCUACCAAGGCAUUUAUAGUCAGUGUUGCCCUUUAAACCUGUAGCUAACAUUGAGACAGAGAAGAGGGAGGAGAACACAGAUAACUGCACUUAUUUAGCAGGAUUAUCUGCAGAGAAUGUCCUCACUGUAGUAACUCAUUAACUAGCAGAAACAAAGCUUCUUCACAAUUCCUCCAAGAACCUCGUGACAUGUAGUUUUGUGAACACUGAGGUUUUAUGUCCUGUCUACUUGCUCCUUAAUCUAAACUGCUGAACACAGACUACAGCAGGUGUGUCUUAAUCUACAGAUGAACCCCUCAGCCUGCAGUAGUGGGAAUCAAACACCUGGCCUUAGAGAGAAUGCUGCUUUUAUUUAGUUGCUUUCUGCCCUGGCUGGUUCGGCCCUUGCUGCUUAAAGUGACGCUCAACAGUUGUUCAAGAUCAGAAAUUGAUUAUGGUUGUAUUUAUUAAACGUGAUGCUACUGUGGUGCCACGUUGAAGACAUUUUUUUACAAGACAUGGUUGAUUGACGAUGUGGAAAACAACGUGCAUAACCUACUAAGCCAAAUAUAUGAGAAACACUGCUGUUGAUUUGUCGUUUGUGCCUUAAGGAGAGAAAAUAAAGUCCAAAGGGUUCAUUGAGAAAGGGAAAUGAAUAAGUAGAACGUACCAUGAUUAAAUAUUAAUGAUAUAGCAGGUGGAAACAGUUCUAUUGGAAAUCAGUUAAAACUGCAAACCUUUAAAAAUGUAUGUAUCUUUUGGUUAAGUCUGAUCCCACUUAAAAGUACCGUAAUGGUAAAAGUCCACACAAGUUAAGUAUUGUUUUAUUUGAUAAGGAUAACUCAUAUUUCAUCAAGGCCUAUGCUUUAGAAGUUAGAAUAGAAUGAUUUGUAAAAACUGGCACUUAAUACUGCUUGUAUCUUGUUUUUUUUGAUGGUAGUCAUGUGUUGCAAUGAUUUCAUAUCUUGGUGUAAGAAACACAACAGGGAUUUACUGGAGACCUUAUUUGUUUAAGAAAUAAAGUCAUGCACAGGAUGUAUAGUUACAGUAUAUUCCUGAUUGUGUUGCAUUUA